AGCUUUUGCGACCAUUCAAUUUACGAUGAUUUCAGUCCAUUUUCAGCCACAUUAAUCGAUAGUUACGGCAACUUACUACCAGUAACAAGACUUGGCCGUUGCUUUUGUAUUAUAUACGGGAUGUUUGGCAUUCCUUUGGCCUUGGUAACAGUAGCUAAUUUUAACAAGUUUCUUAGCGAAUGCGUGACAUGGUUCCACAGUGCGCCAUUGUUGUUCUUUGUGCUCAUUCUCAUAAUUUACAGUUCAAUAAGCGCCGUUGUUUUCAGGACGACGGAAAAGUGGUCAUAUGUUGACUCGUUUUAUUGUUCACUCAUAACGACUAUGACAAUCGGCUUCGGAGACUUAGUCCCCAGCGAUGCGACAUCACUUGUGUUUGUUAUAGUGUUCGUGUUCCUCGGUGUCAUCCUAUCAGCGAUGUGCAUUGAUUCGAUGGGUCUGCAUUACAUUCAGAAAAUCCACUUCCUCGGUCGUCAGGUUCACACUGCACUGAAGGACUGGGUAUUCCAACUCUACUGCCUGCAGCAAAAGUAUGGUCUGACGGACAAGCAGUUGAUGAGAUUGUUGUUCCAAAACGAUGCUAUCGCCAAGCACGUCAUCAAGAACGCUCAGAAUCAAGCGGCUACUUUCCAACCUGAAGAGACCACCAGCAUUUCGUUCAUUGACCAAGCGGAUGAUCGCUAG